AUGGCCCUGAUGGAGGCGGAUUCCACAGCACAGGGCGCAGUGGGCACUGAGCCAUGGUACCAGAAGUCGUGGUGCCGAGGGGCAGCCCAGAGUGGCUGUUCGAACCAGGUAAAACCCUCUGGAACAGAGCAGGAGGUGAGGAAGGACCGGGUGACCAUCAGGGACGACCAGAGUCAGCGCAGGUUCACCGUGACCAUGGAGCAGCUGCGGCACGAUGACGCGGGGACAUACUGGUGUUUGAUUGAGACAGCAGGACCAUAUCUGGUGUUCCCGGUCAAUGUGAUCAUCAUACCAGCCCAGACCACCAUUACCACCGUGUCCACCACGACCACCACAACCACCAAUGCAGCCACGACAGCGGUCACCACAGAAGAGACCACAGACGCCCCGAGGGUGACCAGGGCCCUCUCCAACACCACGGGCUUCCCUGUCUCCCUGCUCCUCCCCGUCAUCUCUGCUGUGUUCCUGCUUCUCCUGCUGGCGGCCGCCCUCCUUGCUUGGAGGAAGCUGAAGCGACAGAGGACAGGCCAGGAGCAGCUCUGCUCUGUGAAGGGGCCUCGGCUUCCAGCCACAGCCAGUGUCCAAUCUGGCCCCGUGUACUUCCUGUUUGACCUCACGCCCAUAUGCAUGAUCAUAUACAUGACCACAGAGCACGAUGCCCAGGAGGAGGUCAGCUACGCGCACCUGUCUCUGAGCCCCCAUGACCCGGAGCCCAUCUACACCAACGCAGACUUCGGUGAGGACCCCAGAGCCGUCAGGAGCCCCGAGGUGGCCACCGAGUACAGCAGCAUCAGGAAGCCCAGAGAUGGGCUCUGA